GUCAAUAAUAAAAACAAAAUAGUCCACGUCCAUGAAGAAUUUUGUAUAUCAAAUGUAGAGUUAAAUAAUUUAUCUAGAAACGAACGCAAGUAACUUAGCUUUAUCAAAAAUGACUGAAACCUAUUCAAAGUCCUUGAUGGAUGCAGCAACGUUAGAUAUUUUUGAUCAAACAACUGCUGAUAGUAUUCCCUCCGUCGAAGGCGAACUGACAUAUACAGGUCCUCCGAGAUCGACUCCCGGCAACAACAUUCCCGGAUCGACGAAUUUCAACACGUUAGACGAACCCAUCAAAGAGACAUUCCUACGCGAUGCGCGAGCAGUCGGUGUCAAAUUCUACCACGUACUUUAUCCAAAGGAGAAAAAUACACUUUUGAAAGAAUGGGAUUUGUGGGGUCCAUUGAUUUUGUGUACAUUUAUGGCUACAAUUUUGCAAGGAACAGCUGAUGAUGUCAAUGACGGCGGACCGGAAUUUGCCGAAGUGUUUGUUAUUGUGUGGAUUGGAGCUGCUAUCGUUACGGUCAAUGCGAAGUUGUUAGGAGGACAUAUCUCAUUCUUCCAAUCCGUUUGUGUGCUCGGAUAUUGCCUUGCGCCAUUAGCAACCGCCCUAAUUGUCUGUCGCAUCAUUCUUUUCGCCGCACAAUCGAAAUUCCUAUUUAUUUUAAGACUAAUUGCUACAGGAACAGGAUUUGGAUGGGCAACAUAUGCCUCUGUCAUAUUCUUAGGAGAUAGCUUGCCGCCAGGUCGAAAGCCAUUAGCUGUGUAUCCAAUUUUCUUAUUUUAUCUGAUAAUAUCAUGGCUAGUCAUCUCGCAUAACAACAAUUCCUAACUGUGACACAAAAAUAACUUAAAAUUUAAUUAAAAUCUACGCAAAAUGCUUCAAAUACUGAUUUAACUUGUAAAUAAAUCACGAUAAAAUGGA